CUCCUGGCGCACGUGAGCAAGCGUUUCUCCAAGGUGUAAGCGAGUGUGGAAUCGCUGGCACUUCUGGCUCCUCCAGGUUCUGCCAGACUCUCUCCCCGCGUGGCCGGACUCUUCUUGCACUGGCAAUACAAGCACUGAGUGUUUUCGGGUCACCCAGGGGUGGGAAUUUGGACUGAAAGUCUGUAGUAGGGCAGUCUUGUGAUCACGACUUCUUGGGAUGCUGAAGUUCCGGACAGUUCGAGGGGGCCUGAGGCUCCUGGGUAUCCGCCGAACCUCCACUGCCCCUGCUGCCUCCCCAAAUGUGCGGCGGCUGGAGUACAAGCCCAUUAAGAAAGUCAUGGUGGCCAACAGAGGCGAGAUCGCCAUCCGCGUGUUCCGGGCCUGCACGGAGCUGGGCAUCCGCACGGUGGCCGUCUACUCCGAGCAGGACACAGGCCAGAUGCAUCGGCAGAAGGCUGACGAAGCCUACCUCAUUGGCCGCGGCCUGGCCCCCGUGCAGGCCUACCUGCACAUCCCCGACAUCAUCAAGGUGGCCAAGGAGAACAACGUGGACGCAGUGCACCCGGGUUACGGCUUCCUCUCCGAGCGGGCGGACUUCGCCCAGGCCUGUCAGGAUGCUGGGGUCCGGUUCAUUGGGCCCAGCCCAGAGGUGGUCCGCAAGAUGGGAGAUAAGGUGGAGGCCCGGGCCAUUGCCAUCGCCGCAGGUGUCCCUGUGGUCCCAGGCACUGACGCCCCCAUCACGUCCCUGCAUGAGGCCCAUGAGUUCUCCAACACCUACGGCUUCCCCAUCAUCUUCAAGGCUGCCUAUGGGGGCGGAGGCCGUGGCAUGAGGGUCGUGCACAGCUACGAGGAGCUGGAGGAGAAUUACACCCGGGCCUACUCCGAGGCCCUGGCAGCCUUUGGGAACGGAGCGCUGUUUGUGGAGAAGUUCAUCGAGAAGCCACGCCACAUUGAGGUGCAGAUCUUGGGGGACCAGUAUGGGAACGUCCUGCACCUGUAUGAGCGAGACUGCUCCAUCCAGCGGCGGCACCAGAAGGUGGUGGAGAUCGCCCCUGCUGCCCACCUGGACCCCCAGCUCCGGUCGCGGCUCACCAGCGACUCCGUCAAACUUGCCAAGCAGGUGGGCUACGAGAACGCGGGCACCGUGGAGUUCCUCGUGGACAGACACGGCAAGCACUACUUCAUCGAGGUCAACUCCCGCCUGCAGGUGGAGCACACCGUCACCGAGGAGAUCACCGAUGUGGACCUGGUCCACGCCCAGAUCCACGUGGCCGAGGGCAGGAGCCUGCCUGACCUGGGCCUGCGGCAGGAGAACAUCCGCAUCAAUGGCUGUGCCAUCCAGUGCCGGGUCACAACUGAGGACCCUGCGCGCAGCUUCCAGCCCGACACUGGCCGCAUCGAGGUGUUCCGCAGUGGAGAGGGCAUGGGCAUCCGCCUGGACAAUGCCUCUGCCUUCCAAGGGGCUGUCAUCUCACCCCACUAUGAUUCCCUGCUGGUCAAAGUCAUCGCCCACGGCAAAGACCACCCCACGGCCGCCACUAAGAUGAGCAGAGCCUUGGCCGAGUUCCGCGUUCGAGGUGUGAAGACCAACAUCCCCUUCCUGCAGAAUGUGCUCAACAACCAGCAGUUCCUGGCAGGCACCGUGGACACGCAGUUCAUCGAUGAGAACCCCGAGUUAUUCCAGCUGCGGCCUGUGCAGAACCGGGCCCAGAAGCUGCUGCACUACCUCGGACACGUCAUGGUGAAUGGCCCCACCACCCCAAUCCCUGUCAAAGCCAACCCCAGUCCCGCGGACCCUAUUGUCCCUGCAGUGCCCAUAGGCCCACCCCCAGCUGGUUUCAGAGACAUCCUUCUGCGGGAAGGGCCAGAGGGCUUUGCUCGAGCUGUGCGGAACCACCAGGGGUUGCUGCUGAUGGACACGACAUUCAGGGAUGCCCACCAGUCACUGCUGGCCACUCGUGUGCGCACUCAUGAUCUAAAAAAGAUCGCACCCUAUGUUGCCCACAGCUUCAACAAGCUCUUCAGCAUGGAGAACUGGGGAGGGGCCACAUUUGAUGUUGCCAUGCGCUUCCUGUAUGAGUGCCCCUGGCGCCGGCUGCAGGAGCUCCGGGAGCUCAUCCCCAACAUCCCAUUCCAGAUGCUGCUGCGGGGGGCCAAUGCUGUGGGCUACACCAAUUAUCCCGACAACGUAGUCUUCAAGUUCUGUGAGGUGGCCAAAGAGAACGGCAUGGACGUCUUCCGGAUCUUUGACUCCCUCAACUACUUGCCCAACAUGCUGCUCGGCAUGGAGGCGGCAGGCAGUGCUGGGGGUGUGGUGGAGGCUGCCAUUUCCUACACAGGCGAUGUGGCUGACCCCAGCCGUACUAAAUACUCGCUGCAAUACUACAUGGGCUUGGCUGAAGAGCUGGUGCGAGCUGGCACCCACAUCCUGUGCAUCAAGGACAUGGCAGGGCUGCUGAAGCCAGCAGCCUGCACCAUGCUGGUCAGCUCUCUCCGGGACCGCUUCCCUGACCUCCCACUGCACAUCCACACCCAUGACACGUCAGGGGCAGGUGUGGCAGCUAUGCUGGCCUGUGCCCAGGCUGGGGCUGAUGUGGUGGAUGUGGCAGCUGACUCCAUGUCUGGGAUGACCUCACAGCCCAGCAUGGGUGCCUUGGUUGCCUGUACCAGAGGGACUUCCCUGGACACAGAGGUGCCUUUGGAGCGCGUGUUCGACUACAGCGAGUACUGGGAGGGGGCUCGGGGACUGUACGCAGCCUUUGACUGCACGGCUACCAUGAAGUCUGGCAACUCAGACGUGUAUGAAAAUGAGAUCCCGGGGGGCCAGUACACCAACCUGCACUUCCAGGCCCACAGCAUGGGACUCGGAUCCAAGUUUAAGGAGGUCAAGAAGGCCUAUGUGGAGGCCAACCAGAUGCUGGGUGACCUGAUCAAGGUGACGCCUUCUUCCAAGAUUGUGGGGGACCUGGCCCAGUUCAUGGUGCAGAAUGGGUUGAGCCGAGCAGAGGCUGAAGCGCAGGCAGAAGAGCUGUCCUUCCCCCGCUCUGUGGUGGAGUUCCUGCAGGGCUACAUUGGUGUCCCCCAUGGGGGGUUCCCUGAGCCCUUUCGCUCUAAGGUGCUGAAGGACCUGCCAAGGGUAGAGGGGCGGCCUGGGGCUUCCCUCCCUCCCCUGAACCUGCAGGCACUGGAGAAGGAGUUGGUAGAGCGGCAUGGAGAGGAGAUUACCCCAGAGGAUGUGCUCUCAGCGGCCAUGUAUCCUGAUGUCUUUGCCCAAUUCAAGGAUUUCACUGCUACCUUUGGCCCCCUGGACAGCCUCAAUACCCGCCUCUUCCUGCAGGGCCCCAGAAUUGCAGAAGAGUUUGAGGUGGAGCUGGAGCGAGGCAAGACACUGCACAUCAAAGCCUUGGCUGUGAGUGACCUGAACCGGGCUGGCCAGAGGCAGGUCUUCUUUGAGCUCAACGGGCAGCUGCGGUCCAUCCUGGUCAAGGACACACAGGCCAUGAAGGAGAUGCACUUCCACCCCAAGGCUCUGAAGGAUGUGAAGGGCCAGAUCGGAGCGCCCAUGCCUGGGAAGGUGAUAGACAUCAAGGUGGCAGCAGGAGCCAAGGUAGUCAAGGGUCAACCCCUGUGUGUGCUCAGUGCCAUGAAGAUGGAGACUGUGGUUACUUCGCCCAUGGAGGGUACUGUCAGCAAGGUCCAUGUGACUAAGGACAUGACACUGGAAGGCGAUGACCUCAUCCUGGAGAUUGACUGAUCUUGCCCAAGACUGGCACCCCAUAUCUUCGAAAUAAGCUGUGUUGCCAGAGCAGGCCCAGGCCAGCCAGUGGCAGGAAGGCCUGGCCCUGGAGGUCCUGUCUCCAGUGGGACAGCAGAGCCAUCACCUACUGAGGCCCAGUCCCUGUUCUCCACUGGUGGAUAGUUGCUCACAUAUUCAUCUCUUGCCAAAUAAGAUCUUCUCCUUGUGGGGGACUACAGGUGGGGAAGCAGGUGGUCUUAUGACCUGGGGGUAAAAGCUUAGGGGGUCCUAAUUCCUGGCAGGGGAGACUUAAGCCCCAUGUCUUGGGAAAUUUCCUCAAUAAAACUGGCUUUUCCCUGCCCUCCA